GACGAACGCAGUUCUACGCCAUGGCUCGGAAAUUCUACAUGGAGCGGACAGACAGGAUGUGGCAUUGUCUAUGGACUGCUGGGCGUUGGUAAUGAUCAUCAGGGAGAUGUCAAUGCGCACAGCAACAGUACAUCAUAUCCGACGACGAUCGCAUGCAGGUUCAGCUGCAAAUACAAGCUCGGCAGGCCAGUCAGUACCUGAUUUCCGGAUACAGACGUUGGCAGCCUGCCGCAGAAACAGUCCGGAGAUUUGCGUGUAAUCCCAGCAGAGCAGCGGCUCUCUGAUGUCUAUUGCGGCACGGACAGAGUGCCGAGCCUACAUCGGCAAUGGACAUCUCUACC